AUGGCUAAAGUGGGACCUCUAGUCCCUCCCACCAUCGUCCUGCAAGACAUGGAGGAGGAGCCAGAGGAGGUCAGGGAGCAGGGCAGAGCUGCUCAGACAGGACCUGGAGUUCUGUUCAACGUUAACAACAGCAACAACAACGACGAGGACGACGAGGAGGAAAAGAAGAAGAAGAAGAAAGAGAAGAAAGAGAAAAAGGAGCAGAAGGCGAAAGAGAAGCAGGAGAAGAAGGAAAGGAAGGAGAAGAAAAAGAAGGACAAAGAGGAGAAGCAGAGACUGAAAGAAGAGAAACAGAAAGAGAAAGAGAAGGAGAAAGAAAAGGAGAAGGAGAAAGAGAAGGCCAAAGAGGAGGCUGCUAAGGAGAUCACAGUGAUUGAUCCAGCUGGAAACACGUACUACCACUGGUUGGGUAUCAUCACCAUGCCCGUCAUGUACAACUGGACCCUGAUUAUUGCCAGGGCUUGUUUCGAGGAGCUGCAGAGUGACUAUCUGCUUUACUGGUUCGCUUUGGACCUUUUCUCCGACAUUGUGUACAUUGCCGACAUGAUCUUCAGAACCAGGACUGGCUACCUGGAGCAGGGUCUGUUGGUGAAGGAUGAGAAGAAGCUACGUGAGCGCUACAUGAAGAGCUUCCAGUUCAAACUGGACCUGAUCUCCAUGAUUCCCACCGACUUGUUUUAUUUCCUGGUUGGCGUCAAAUACCCAGAGAUCCGCCUCAACAAGCUGUUUAGGUUCAACAGGAUGCUGGAGUUCUUCCAGAGGACGGAGACCAGGACUAACUACCCCAACGCUCUUCGUAUCUCAAACCUCGUCAUGUACAUCGUCAUCAUCAUUCACUGGAACGCCUGCCUGUACUACUCCUUCUCCAAGGCCAUCGGUUUUGGCUACGACAGGUUUGUGUAUCCCGACCCUUCAAAUCCAGAGUUCGGUCGCCUGGUGAGGAAGUACGCCUUCAGUAUGUACUGGUCCACACUGACACUCACCACCAUCGGAGAGACGCCGCCCCCGCAGGAGAACUCUGAGUACUUCUUUGUCGUCACUGAUUUCUUGGUGGGUGUGCUUAUCUUCGCCACCAUCGUCGGUAACGUCGGCUCCAUGAUCACAAACAUGAACGCUGCCAGAGCCGACUUCCAGGCCCGCAUCGACGCCAUCAAACAGUACAUGACCUUCCGAAAGGUAACGGUUGACCUGGAGAAGCGAGUCAUCAAGUGGUUUGACUUCCUGUGGACCAAUAAGAAAGCAGUGGAUGAGAGGGCGGUGCUGAUGUACCUGCCGGACAAACUGAGAGCCGAGAUCGCCAUCAACGUCCACCUGGACACCCUGAAGAAGGUUCGUAUCUUUGCGGACUGCGAGGCCGGUCUGCUGGUGGAGUUGGUGCUGAAGCUGCAGCCUCAGGUCUACAGUCCAGGAGAUUAUAUCUGUAAGAAGGGCGACAUCGGCAGAGAGAUGUACAUCAUCAAGGAGGGAAAACUCGCUGUCGUCGCUGACGACGGCAUCAAGCAGUUUGUCGUCUUGAGUGACGGAAGCUACUUCGGCGAAAUCAGUAUCCUGGCUAUUAAAGGCAGUAAGGCGGGAAACAGGAGGACAGCCAACAUCAGGAGCAUCGGCUACUCUGAUCUCUUCUGUCUGUCUAAAGACGACCUGAUGGAGGCGCUGACGGAGUAUCCGGACGCCAAAGCGAUGCUGGAGGAGAAGGGACGUCAGAUUCUGAUGAAGGAUGGACUGCUGGACCUGGAGGUGGCAGCGCAGGGCCCCGACCCCAAAGAGAUUGAGGAGAAGGUGGACCGGAUGACGACCAUGCUGGACACCAUGCAGACGCGUUAUGCCCGCAUGCUGGCCGAGCACGAAGCCAUGCACAGCAAAAUCAAGCACAGAGUCACCAAACUGGAGAAGAAACUGCCGUCGCGAUCCGACCAGCCUGGCGACGCCCCGCCGCCAACGCCCGAGCCAUAG